CCUGGGAGACACCGGGUGACUCCCCGCGGUCCACGAGGGUCCGGGAGCGCUCCCGAGGGCCCUCAGCGGGGAGAUCCCCGCUCUGUGCCCGGUGUUGGGCCGGGCUUGGCUGAGCGGGCGAUUCCCGAGGGAGAGGAACUCGGUGUGCCCUUGGAAGGGAGAACUGGGGGAUGGAGUAGAAGGAGAAGAGCAAAAAAAGAUAAAGCUCGGCCUGUUCGGCUCAGGUUUUGGUUUCGUCGGGUGGGAAGCGUCAGCCGGGUGUGACCUCGCUCAAAGAGGAGAGUGCUGGGGGGAAAAUGUGUGUUUUCCCUCAGGCCUGGUGCCCGUACACGCGAGGCCAGGCUGAGCCUGGUAACUCCCCUUUGCUGCCCCAUUUCCACCUCUGCUCCUUCUCCCUCAGAGCAGGGUCCAGGCCAAGCGCAGGAGGCAGUGAAUGAUAACAAGCUGAGCACGAGCUGCACCUGAUUUUCCAGCUCCUGACUCGCCCCUCUCAUCUCACCCUCUCCAUCUCACUUCCUUAAAUGCCUCUUAACAUUAAUUUGUUUGGGCUUCUUUUAAGUUUGAAGGCAAUCCAGUUGUAGCCUAGUAAUCCCCCAUGAUAAGUUUCUCUACAAGCUGUGGGGAGUUUACCUUGACACAAUUCUUUGACUCGAGAUUUUUAUCCUUUGUCUCAUUUCUUUGACUUGAUGCUUUUACCCUUCUUUUUCCUUCUCAGAAACACUUGCAUGGUGUUUUCUGUGUGCAGCUGGAAGCAAAGGUCGAAAGAGACAUUCCAGCUUUCUUUUUGUGGAGUAGGUAGUGGCUACAGCUGAUUCAGAUGAUCCCAUCUAAAAUCACUGAAACUCCAAGGCUAGAAAGUGUUAUGACUUUGCUCCUUCCCCAGCUCCUGCCUUAGCUUAUUUAGUGACUGAGCCACAGGAGGUGGAACAUGGCUGGACAACUAUCAGAGGCUGAUCAGAUCAAGCAGUUCAAAGAGUUUCUUGGCACAUACAAUAAACUUACAGAAAACUGCUUUGUGGAUUGCAUAAAGGAUUUCACUAGCAGAGAUGUGAAACCAGAAGAGAUAACUUGCUCAGAAAACUGCCUGCAGAAGUAUCUAAAGAUGACACAGAGGAUCUCCAUGAGAUUCCAGGAGUACCACAUCCAGCAGAACGAGGCUCUGGCAGCCAAGGCAGGACUGCUCAGCCAACCUCGUUAGAGCCGAGCACUGUGCUCAGACUUACCUGUGCCAAGAACACACUGGGGGAUUCCUGUCAGGAUGUGUGUCCAGCAGCUCAGAGCAGAGCUCAGGCAGUGGGAGCAGAAGGGUUAAACAGGAGCUCAGUCCUGAUGGCCUUGCAGUGGAGUUUGUUUCCACAAGGGAAUGAUGCAGAUACAACAUUUCCCAGGGCCCACAGACUGGUGUCUGCAUUUCAGGGGUGGUGGGAGGGCUCACCUGCCUUUUGCUGAAACUGGUUGAGAUGAAUCAAUGUAAUGUGGGGAAUACACUUUUUUAUUUAAUUCAAAUAAAAUCAGCUGGAGCCAUA